CGUCUCCCUCUGCCAUUCACUCCAUCUACAGCUCUGUUGACUUGAGGUAAUCUUUUUCGCCUGACAGUGUCAACCACCUUGAAUCUGCAACGAUGACCAAGCUACUAAUAUCCAUGGGAAUAAUGCAUGACGUUUUCCAAACUUACGCUAAAAGGGAUGGAGAUGCAGAGACCCUUUCCAAGAGGGAACUCAAGGAAUUGCUGCAGGCGGAGCUGCCAGGAUUUCUUGAGGUAAAGUCACACUUGGAUUAAUAACUGUAUUAGCUGAGCCAUUUAAAUAGGUUUUACACUUACAGCUAUAUUAUACCUCAACUUCUAUAUACAGUAUAUACUGCUCAGAUUAGUAAAUGUUUGGAUGACGUGAAAAAAAAAGUGUUCCCCUUAACAUGGAGUUAAAGUUCAUUUCUGAUGAAAAGUAAACAGUUCUGAACUAGAACAAAGUUCCAGUCUUAAAGAUUUGGCAAGAAUAAUGAUAUUCUAAAUUUCUGUGUUCUCAAAUGACCAUUGUUCAAGUAAAAAAGGUAGAUUUUUUUUGUUGUUUUAGAGUUGUGCAAGUAAAGAAAAAGAAAACGAAGAGAAAGUGAAGCAGCUGGUUUUGGGUCUGGAUCAAGACGGAGACGAAAAGAUGGACUUCUCAGAAUUUGUCAUUUUUAUCACUGCUGUGAUUUUAAUGAUCCAUGGACUUGAUCCAAGACCCUGUCAGAAAACCAAGUGAUCAAGAUAAUAAUGAAACCUUGUAUCUGUUCUGUUGCAAGAUUUAAUAAAAAAGAUUUACUUGCA